UAUAUAUUUAUAUUAUUAUAUUAUUUUUUUUACUUUGCUUUUUUUGAUAUAUAGGAAUAUAUUGAAUUUUUUCACUUUGCUUUUUUUAAUAGGAAUAAAGUGAAUGCAGGGUCCUGGGAGACCAGUAAUAGUGAAUGCAGGGUCCGGGGAGACCAGAUAUAGUGAAUGCAGGGUCCGGGGAGACCAGAUAUAGUGAAUGCAGGGUCCUGGGAGAGCAGAUAUAGUGAAUGAAGGGUCUAGGGAUAGUGGAUAUAGUGAAUGCAGGGACUGGGGGAGACCAGAUAUAGUGAUUGCAGGGUCCGGGGAGAGCGGAUAUAUAGUGAAUGCAGGGUCC